AUGGCGUCGGACAGAUACGGGUUUCUCGAUGACGCCGAGGAGCAUGCUCUCCACCAAACAAGGCUUCUGAACGUAGAGAAGCGGCCCUUCGAGCGAAUCACCAAACGCCUGCUCAGCGACGGCGCCUUCACCAACCCCAAGAUCUUGAAGCUCCCUACGCCUCCUCCGGAAGGGACAGAUGGCGCGAGUGCCGACGCCGGAGCCGAAUCACAAGAUGCAGCAAACGCAGACGCAUCUGCCCUGAAGGAGGACAUCCUGCUCGAUUUCGCCGCCUUCGACUCGGUCAUCGCCCGGCUGCAAUUCCUCGCGACGCAGAACGCGGCCGAGCGCGAGCGGUAUGCCGCGGACCGGCUGCGCAUCCUCGAAACCAUGGAGGCGGUCCGGCAGAGCAACGCGGCGCUGCGGGCGUCGCUGGACGAGGCGCGGGCGACGCUGGCACAGCGCAAGAAGUUUGACGAGCUGGCCGACCGCAUCACGGGCAACCGCAUGCUGCGGGCGCGGGCCGAGCAGGAGGUCAACAUCGCCAAGCUGACGGAGGAGUGCGAGGAGCUGCAGCGCGAGAGCGAGACCUACGCCGGCACCUGGCGCGAACGCAAGGAGCAGUUCGACAAGCUCGUCGACGAGGGCGUCAGCCUGCGCCGCAUGAUCCGCGACGAGCAGGAGGAGGUCGAGCGCCGCGAGGGCAUGGACGAGGACGCCGGCGAGGAGGACCCCUCGGCCGCCGACACCCCCGCCAAGGGCAGCCAGAGCGGCAACGCCACGCCCGCGAGACCCGGCGAGGGCGGUGCCACGCCUCUGCGGCCCGGAAGCAGCCAGGGGCGCACCCCGGGGCCGGAGGAAGCUGGCGCAGCCAACACUGCCGGCGAGGCCUCGAAGCUAAGGCCAGAUGUGGGAGGAUCUUUCUCUAGGGGAGGAAGCCAAGCACCUUCUCUGCGCGCUGGAAGCCCGGCCGUGGGUAGCAGGAGCGGAAGCCAGGCACCGAGGGAAGAGCCAGAAGAAGGAGAGGAUGUCGAGAUGGGCGAUUCAGCGCAAGCUGCUGACACCCCGAUGGCUGAGGCAGCUACGGCGGAUACACCGCAGAUCACGGUGGCCGCGCCAGCUGGCCAGGAGGAUACGAUGGACACGACAUAG